AUGCAAUAUGCUAAAUAUGAUGUGCUUCAGUGUCGGCAGCCAUUCAAGACCUCAAAAAGAAGGGAGGUAACGGAAAAAGUUAAGCAGGAUGCAAGGUCUGGAGACACGUUUUUCGGACCUUUUGAUGCAGCACCUUCAGCGCAUCAGUUGCCCGUAGGGCACUCCUACGUUAUUCUGCAGUACAUGGGCUGCACGGUAUGUGGCAGGAAUAUGACCGUCGCAUAA